ACCAUAGAAAUACUACCUCAUCAUUAUAGAAGUGAAUGUUGGCUGCUUGCUAUUUGUCAUCUUCAUGGUUUGUAACCAAGAAGAGGAGAUACAAGAUUGAAGUAUAUGUAACAAACGGACUCCUGGCCGAGACGUUAAGUCCAGAAAAAAGCUGUCCUCCAGGGUAUCAGUUCCACCCACCACGCCUUCCACCUGAACGCACUCUUGAACAUAGCGCAUUUUUACGUGCUGGUAAGACGCUUCAACUCUGCAGCAACCAACACCUCAAGUUCCACUGAUUCCUUGGCUGCGAGACGGGCGAACGGGUUCACCGAGCCUGGCUGUCGGGGACCUGGCGGUCGACCGUCGGCUGCACCGUCCGUUCGGAGCGUCGGGAGCAGUGAAGCUGACGACCUCGGGUCCCGCAAUCAGCCUCGCCGGUUCUGGUUGGUAAUGGAGGGAGAUUAGUAUUCAUCGUGUUGGCGUUACAGAGCUGUCACUUGGAAAACCGCUAGAGCCUUUACUGGAGGGCAGGCAUCGGCAACGUAAAGAUGUACAAGGACUACAGGUCCGGCCGAGCUGCAGGCUUGAACCCGCUCCCCUUCGACCCAGCCACCAACAACGAACCCCUACAGUUCAGUAACUCCAAUGGGCCCCUGGUGACCGACUGUCCACUGGAGAACGGAGCAGAGAACAGCAAGAAGAGGAAGAGACCCAACCUGCCCCCAGAAGGAAUUCGGAACAUGACCAUGGACUCCAGCCAGAUGGGAAUGCCCAUAUCAGACCCCAACGCCUGGGCGACUGCCAUGAACAAUCUGGGGAUGGCGCCAAUGGGCAUGACCGGUCAGCCCCUCAUGUCAGAUUUCGACCCGAGCCUGGGCAUGAUGACGGGCAUCGCACCCAUGAACCCCAUGAUGCCCGGCCUGGGCAUGGUGCCGCCGCCCAUCUCGCAGGACAUGCCCAUCGUCAAGGAGAUCAUCCACUGCAAGAGCUGCACGCUUUUCCCGCCCAACCCCAACCUGCCGCCCCCGGCCACCAGGGAGAGGCCCCCCGGCUGCAAGACGGUGUUUGUGGGCGGCCUGCCGGAGAACGCCACGGAGCAGCUGAUCGUGGAGGUGUUCGAGCAGUGCGGCGAGAUCAUCGCCGUCCGCAAGAGCAAGAAGAACUUCUGCCACAUCCGCUUCGCCGAGGAGUACACGGUGGACAAGGCCAUGUUCCUGUCCGGCUACCGGAUCAGGCUGGGCUCCAGCACGGACAAGAAGGACACGGGGCGGCUGCACGUGGACUUCGCCCAGGCGCGGGACGACCUGUACGAGUGGGAGUGCCGGCAGCGCAUGCUGGCGCGGGAGGAGCGCCACCGCCGCCGCGUCGAGGAGGACCUGCUCCGCCCCCCGUCCCCGCCCCCCAUCGUCCACUACUCCGAGCACGAGUGCAGCCAGCUGGGGGACAAGAUCAAAGACGACUCCCAGUUUCCCGAUUCCGUCCGCGUCCUGCUGACCUGGGUGGAGCGGGGCGAGGUCAACCGCCGCAACGCCAACAACUUCUACUCCAUGAUCCAGUCGUCCAACAGCCACAUCCGCCGGCUGAUGAACGAGAAGGCCGCCCACGAGAAGGAGAUGGAGGAGGCCAAGGAGAAGUUCAAGAACGCCCUGGCUGGCAUCCUGGUGCAAUUUGAGCAGAUUGUGUCUGUAUUCCACGCUGCUUCCAAACAAAAGGCAUGGGACCAUUUCUCCAAAGCCCAGCGCAAGAACCUGGACGUGUGGCGCAAGCAAGCAGAGGAAAUCCGCAACAUCCACAACGAGGAGCUGAUGGGCAUCCGCAGAGAGGAAGAGAUGGAGAUGUCGGAUGACGACAUGGAGGACAUUUCGGAGGGCAAGGACUCUGAGGACUCAGGCCCGGCGGCGCAGGCGGAGGCCCUGAAGGAGGAGAACGACAGCCUGCGCUGCCAGCUGGACGCGUACAGGAACGAGGUGGAGCUGCUGAAGCAGGAGCAGGGCAAGGCGCAGCCGCAGCACAGCGAGGAGGAAGCCACGCGCCAGCAGCAGCUCAGCUUCCUGCAGCAGGCCCUGCAGGGCAUGCAGAAGCAACUGCUGAAGAUCCGAGAGGAGCUGAAGCAGCGGGAGGCGGAGCUGGAGAAGAGCUCCGAAGAGAAGCAGCAGCUGGAGACCCAAGUGCAGAGCCUGCAGGAGAGAGCGCUGGCCUUUCCCCCGACGCAGCCGCCCCAGCUGGAGUCAGCAGAGCAGGAUGACGGAGGCAUGGAGGAGAGCGCCGCUCAAGCCAGCGAAUCGGCCGCACCGACGGUGCUGUCCUGCACGCAGGAGAAGGAGAGUCCCCCAGAGGUGGCCCCCACCAGCCCCAUCCAGUCAGAAAGAGAGGCCUUGCUUGUGGGAAUCAUCUCCACCUUCCUCCACGUCCACCCGUUCGGAGCCAGCAUCGAGUACAUCUGCUCCUACUUACAGUGCAUGGACACUAAGAUCAGCACCGCGGAGGUGGAGGCCCUGCUGGGCCGCCUGCCGCGCACGUUCAUGCAGGAGCUGACGGGCGUGGGCGCCAGCCUGGAGAAGCGCUGGAAGUUCUGCGGGUUCGAGGGGAUCAAGACGGCGUAGGUGGCCGGGGGGGAGGGAAGGGAAGAACUCGCAGCGGCGAGCGCGGGGCACUUUUGACCGCUCGCCCGCCCCCUUGCCUGACGAGGGCGGGGGGGGAGGGGAACCAGCCCGUGGGUCACGCACAGAGGAGCCGGACUGUGGCGCUCCUCGCGGGCACAACGCCACACCGCCCGACUCACGGCGUGUCUGUUCCAUCCUGGACCACGCAGGAGGGUCUGGGCAACAGGGGGACUAUCAGGGUUUGCUAUACGUUUCUUUCAUUCUGUCACUCUUUCUCUUAAUCUCUCUCUACUCCUUUUCUUUCCUGUUGAAAAUAUGUGCAUAUAUAUAAUAUAUAUAUAUUACACUGUACGUUUCACAGUUGCUCAAUAAGGUUGUGUUCUUGUGACAACGCAUAAAAAAGACUUGAAAUUUUAUAUAAGAGAUAAAACAUUAAAAAAGUGUUUUAAUUUUUUUAUACAAGUUUGCCAUUUCCUUGGGGAGAUUGUUAUUUAAAAAGAAAAAAAGAAGAAAAAAAAAGAUUCCAGUAUUUUGGAGAAAAGCAGGUGCAGUAUGUUUUAUUUUCCCGUAUUGUGAGUUGCAAGGCUGCAGAGAGACUUCUCUGGGACAGGGCUUCAGCUUUGUCACCGGGCACAGUGUCCCGCCUGCUUGAGCCUGGGGGGGGGGCGUUACUGCUGACCCACCACCGACCCCCUCCCCCCCUCUGAUGCCAUUUGGACUGCCUGUACCAGCAAGCAGAGGGACAACGCAUCGGAGAGCGCGCACAGUUCUCCACAGGUCGGUGGCCGACCCAAUGGGACGUUGCUAGUUCCCGUUCCCAUGGAGACGCCUGCUUCCUGCCACGGGAGAAGGUGGCAGAGGGCGUGGGCCCGGCACGGUGGUCCUCCAGAGAGAAAGAGGGGAAGUUAAUUGGAGGAAAGUGCAUCUGUGACCUUUUUUUCGGUGCUUCGGUUAGUACUGUUUCUCCCGUUCCUUUUUUCUCUUCGGUUCCAUUGCUUUUUUUUAUGGUUUUUUUUAUUGUUUUUUUUUUUUUUUUUCCUCCUCCUCCUCCCUCGGGUCAUUUAUUACUCGGAAAUGUCAAAUCCAUUUCUCUGUCCCAGCGGGGCUGCCGUCUCCGAGGCCUCGCUGUGCAGGACUGCACCGCCACCGUGGUCAGGGAAAUGGGAUAGGGUGUUUUUCUUUCUGCAGGAUGUGCUUUACUGGAGGCCUCUGAGUCAUCAGCUCCUGGGGUCGUCACUUUUUAAUUGGUUGAAGAGAAGCCGGACAGCACGUUGGGACAGAUUUUUUCUAUGCCUCCGGCAAGCUCAUUGGGAGCCCACAUUCAGUGAUGUAAAUAAUGCUGGCAGUUAUAGUCGCGUGCAGAUUUGUUACAUUUUUGUCGCUCUAGGAAACCUUAUAUUUGUUACAUAUGAUUUUCAGUUGUUGGCCAUUUGUUUCCUAAGGUUAUGUGUGCACUCCAUUACAUCCAAGUGCUUAUCUCUGCUUUCUGUACAAUUGUACCACCCCUCCCCCUCAAAAGAAAAACAAUAAUAAUACAUUUCUCCAAUCUUAUCAUUUCUGAAACUCUUCAGUACCAGGACUUACUGAAUUCCAGUGUGGAGUUUAAUCCAAGUGCACAGGUCACACGUAACACUGGUUCUCAACCCCUCGAAAAGGAACAUACCAUUGAGGGUAGAGGGGUGUCCUUCAGGCCAACGUCUGCAAAACGCUUUCACCGUCCUAAUCUGCAGUGUGCUUGAAAGUUGGAUUCUUCUGAUAUUGCCAAAGUAUAUUUUGGUGGCUGUGUUAAUGUGCUCCUUUGUGUUUGGGGUGUCUUGUACAUUCAUUAUGUUUCUGAUGUUUCCCUUUAAAUAGCCUAACCAAAUACAAGGCCUUUUUUGACUGUCAUAUUGAGACCCUAUCACCCAGAUGCAUAUGUUGGGUUCUUUUUCCUUCUUGCUUGUGUUCAAAAGGCUUUUUGUUCAAAAUAACAUGAAAAUGUAGAUUGUACAUAUGUGCAGGGUGAAGUGUUUGUGCGGACAAAAACAUCCUGCUUUGUUCAUUUUUCUUCCAUAAUGUGAAGUAAAUCUGCACUGUUGAAAUGCACUAAAACAAAGUGAUUCUGUUGAGACGUAUCCCCAUUAAUUCAUGGGCCCUCUCAAGACCGUUGAGACUUUCUGUUCUACAUUGAAAUGCGGGGAAUACAGAUGUACAAUUGUAGCAGGUUUCACUGUUAAGUAGUCGUAUCCUAAGUCUGUUAUUUAAUGCACAGUUAAAUAGUAGGGAAACACUGGAGCAGUGAAUCGAACAUAAAUAAUUGAAGUCUUGUAAGAAACCUGUUUUUUUUUUUAGUUUGGGAAUCAAAUGAAGUAAAUAGACCAAUUGUAUCUCACUGGAGUUCCUCUGAAAUGCACUAUAUAUUUUCACAAUCUGCUUUCUCGCAUUAGUUAAAUGCAAAGUUGUACAGUAUGUCAUUUAUGGCAUUCAAAUUGAAUUAGAAUUGACAAAGCCCUGUCAGGCCUAAAUCAUAUUACCACUGAAUAAAUGGGAAAUUCAGUUACCGGAUGAUUUCCUAGAAGAGAGGUCCGUGUGAAGGAGAGUGAACAGUAGUGCGAGAACAUGUCAGAAGUACAAAGCGGCAACUGUUAACCAGCGAGGACCCCGGAGCCUUUAAAAUCUCUCCAAGUCCGCACACAUUUCUGCCGUCGUGCUGAUGAAUUGGAGCUGAAGGGAAGGCAAUGGUCCGCACGUGAAAUAUUUCCAUUAAACUUGUGGCUGAUGAAAUGAAUUCCUGCUGUCACUGAAAUUAGCUAAUUAUAUGGUAUCUGCUGAUGCCCAGCAACAGUAGUGGGCGGGGGUAUCCCGUGUGGCAAGUGUGUUUAAACACUGGGUGGGAACACACAAGUUGAAUCAACAUUUCAGGAAAACAGUCACCCCCCCCCCCCCCCCCCCCCCCCCGGUCUCUUCAUCCAGCAGGAGUAGAUGACUACCAGCGUCCAUCUGUUCAUGCAACGAGCCAAGAGAAGCUGUGAAAGAUGACGGCUGUCGCAAUGAGGAUUGAGGUAAUCAAAAGAUAAAUCAAGGCUUUAAAAACAGACCUUGAAGCGUAACGCAGAGAUUUGACUUGAUUCAGUACCUCCCCCCACUGGUAAAAGUGUGUCAAGCUCUCAAGGUUGAAGUCUUCACACUGCUGAACGCAACUUUUUGGCGAGAGUUUAGACGUCACUAGUGCCAUAAAUCUUUGUGUUUAGUGCCCUAAAACCGCAGAAUGUCAGACCACAGUCGGAGAGCCAUUUGGCUGUCGUGAAGUUCUGAAUGGUGUUCAGUGUCCAAAGCAUUGCUUAAAGGGAUUUUCUGUCUACUGAAUCAGGAGGAGAGGCAAUUCAUUUGGCGAAUGCAGAGCGAAGUGCAACAGACGGGGAUGCUUAUUUUGUCACAAUUUAUCUUUCAUGUGAGCGUUCUACCAAAAAGAAAAAAAAACUAUAAUCCUAAAUAUGCUAUCAUAGGUUAAUUUCAGAUUUACUCAUGUGAACUUGGCUAGCAUGUUGGAGUUGUCGCUGCAGUUAUGUUAACGCUGCUUCAACCAUAGCUUUUUUGCAAUAUUUUGUCAUAUUUACACAUUUGAUAUAAAAACUCUUGUUGCUCUUGGGCUGGCGUGCUGCUUUGCUGUUUUUAACAAUUGACAGUCUCACUUCAAAGUCUCUGUAGGCCUGAAUCCUCUAAUCUUUCAGGAGGAAAAAAAAAUAUUUGUACAGAAGGUGAGCAUCUGUAUUGUUGAAAAAUGUAUUUUUAGAAAUAAAGCUGUUUUUAGUAAAUUU